UCAUUACGUAUAGAAAGGAUAAUUCCCCUGUUGUCGCAAGAUGCUGAUUCAUUCAUGAAGUAUUCUGCAUACAGAUCAUGAGUUCUGAUGCUUUAAGAGGUGCUUAAAGUAGUGGCAGAUUGUUUCUGCCCUAAUUUUGCAUGUUCACACUGUUCAUUCACUUUAACCUGGCUUGUCUGGAAAUGUUUACAAGCAAUUAAGUACUUCAGGAGAUCAAAAACAGAUUCUAAUCUGUUUCUUUCUAGUUUUCAUUUAUCAGAAUGGAACUGAAAUGAAGCAUUUGCUCCAAUGAAAUAGAAUAUGUUUUUACGCACUAACUGAACAGAAUACAAUGGUAGAAAAAAGUCACAGAAGGGAAAUCAUAAGACUUGCCACCUGUUCCUUCUACAUCGAGGACAGGCUUUGCAGAAUUUUCUGUUAGGGAGCGAAUGAGAGAGAAACUAAAAGCAGCAAGGUCAAAAGCAGAAAUUACUUUAUUGCAAGAAGACCCUAGUCCACGACCAAGGCAUUUAAAAAGCAUCAGAGAAAGGAAAACAGAUUUCAGAUUGGAUAAAGCGUCUGAUAAUGAUAAAUUUAGGGAGAUGCAGGAGGAUGAAUCCCAUUUACCAUCAAAAAUGAAAUUUCGUGAUUCUGUAAAAAAGCAUAAGCAAAAGUCAACGUUCCAGAAUGGUUUUCCUUCAGCUGAAGAAGCAUAUAAUUUCUUUACCUUCAAUUUUGAUUCUGAACCAGAGAAUAUAAAGGCUGGAGCCAGGAAAAGGAAUGAAUUAAAUGAAGAAGAGCAGGCAGAAGAAGAAUGUGUAGAAACCCAUGAGGAUGAACAAGAGGAGGAUGAAACGGAUGAAGAUGUACGCCUAGUUAAAGCUGAUGAUUUAUUCAUUAUAGGGCAAACUGCCGAAGAUUUUCUAGUAAUGAAACCUGCUGAUUGUGAAAGCUACUCUGAGCAACUGAAAAAGGAGAAAGAAUUUCUCUUCACUCCCAGCAUGCUAGCAGUGCCCCCUUCUGAGAAGAUGCCUGGAAACAUGCAGCCUAGGUACCUUGAGGAUGAGGGUCUUUACACAGGAGAAAGACCCUUUGUGUCACAGUCUAAUCAAAAUAUUUUAGAAAACAGAGUACUCAGACAGGAGCAAGGGAAAGAGUGGUUUGGUGACGAUGGCAAAAUCUUAGCAUUGCCUAAUCCAAUUAAACAGUCUUCUACUAGGCCUCCAAUAUUCUCAUUGGAAGAAGGCAUUGCACCAGAACUCGAAACAGUGUAUAGAAAGGCAAUAAAAAUGACAGCUGCCAAUCAGUAUCUUGUUGGACCUGGAGAUUUUCAGGGGCCAUUUCAAUUGGAUAUUGAUAUUUCUGGACUGAUAUUCACCCAUCAUCCCUGUUUUAGCCGUGAGCAUGUGUUAGCAGCUAAAUUGGCUCAGUUAUAUGAUCAGUAUUUAGCAAGAAAACAGAAGAAUCUUACCAAACUUCUCACAGACAAGCUGCAUGCUUUGAGGAAUGCUGUGGAGUGUAGUAUAGACAGUGGUGAUGCUGGAGUUCCUAGACCUGUGGCACAACAGAGCAUACCUGAAUACAAAAUUGAGAUCAGGCAAACCAGAAGACUUCGUGAUGCUGAACAAGAAAAAGACAGAAUGUUGCUUAAGACCAUUAUAAAAGUUUGGAAACAAAUUAAAUCCCUCCGUGACUUUCAGAAGUUUACUAACACACCCAUGAAACUUUAUUUGAGGAAGGAAGAGGUUGAUCAGAGAUUAGAUGAAAAAGCAUAUGAAGCAGAAAUUCAGGCUGAGAUAAAUGAAUUACUAGAAGAAUGUAUGGAAGAAUAUGAAAAGAAAAUGAAGGAGUAUAAAACUGAGCUACAAGAGUGGAAAUCCUGGAAGAAGACACAGAAGUCCAAAAAGAAAAAGAAGAAAAAAGACAUUCAUGAAGAAGAAGAAUCGGUAGAAGAUUGUGAUCUUGGUGAGGAACGUGUAAAACCCAUCCCACCUAAAAUGGCCAAUAGCCUGGAAAUAGAGCAGCAGGUUAGAGAAAAAGCUGACAACUGCAGAAGGAAACCUGGAGAGCCUGCUCUAAUUCCUGAACUGGUCCUGUCAGGAAGCGUAACUCCAACUGAGCUGUGUCCUCGAGCAGAAGUUUUGCGACGAGAAGAUGUGAAGAAACGCUCAGCAUUUAUAAAAGUCCUUUUCAACGCCAAAGAAGUAUCAAGGACUGUUACCCGACCAAUAAGUUCAGAUUUCAGAGUUCACUUUGGACAGAUUUUCAAUUUACAAAUAUUCAAUUGGCCAGAGAGUUUGAAACUACAGAUAUAUGAAACAAUGGGUAUGAGCAGUACUACCUUGUUGGCUGAAGUGUUCAUACCUGUUCCUGAGACUACAGUUCUGACAGGCAGUGCUCCUAUAGAAGAAAUAGAGUUCAGCAGCAAUCAGCGUGUGAUGUUGGACCAUGAAGGAGUUGGGAGUGGUGUGUCCUUCUCAUUUGAAGCUGAUGGUAGCAACAAAAUGACUUUAAUGACCUCUGGGAAAGUAUCCAAUAGUGUCUCUUGGGCAGUUGGAGAAAAAGGAAUCCCCUUGAUUCCUCCAGUAUCUCAGCAAAACACAGGCAUUCCAAGUGCUUUAAAAAAUAUUGAUGCUAUUGCAUCCAUUGGCACAUCAGGCUUGACUGACAUGAAGAAAUUAGCUAAGUGGGCAGCGGAAGCAAAACUUGAUCCAAAUGACCCAAACAAUGCAGCUCUGAUGCAGCUAAUCAUGGUUGCUACAAGUGGAGAGGCACAUGUUCCUGAUUUCUUCAGAUUGGAACAGUUGCAGCAAGAAUUUAAUUUUGUUUCUGAUGAGGAAUUUAAUAGAUCAAAGAGAUUUCGACUCUUGCAGCUCAGAAAUGGGGAGGUGGCAGAGUUCCGAAACUAUAAGCAAGUCCCUUUACAUGAACGAGAAAUCAGUGAGAAAAUCUUCCAGGACUAUGAGAAGAGACUGCAAGAGAGGGAUGUGAUUGACAGCAAAAAUUACCUAGAUGCACACAGAGCAGUUGUUGCCAACUAUCUACAGAAGGUUCGAGAAUCAGUCAUAAACCGUUUCCUCAUAGCAAAACACAAUUUCCUUCUCUCUGACCUUGUCAAUGAAGAGGAGAUUCCCAGCCUGGGUUCUGAGGGUCCAGGUAUUUUGGGACUCAGCCUCUUUAAACUGGCAGAGCCAAAACGACCAUUAAAGCCAAGAAGAAAAGAAAGGAAGAAGGUCACAGCACAGAAUUUAUCAGAUGGAGACAUAAAACUGUUAGUGAACAUCAUUAGAGCUUAUGAUAUUCCAGUGAGAAAACCAGUGAUGAGCAAACUUCAACAACCAUCCAAAUCUUCAAGGUCCUUUAACGACAUGUUUGCAGCCUCUCCGUCAGCUCAGAGCCCAACGGAUAGCCCAGACUGGGCAUUCAACCAGGUUUUAGUCCGUCCUUUUGUAGAAGUUUCUUUUCAGCGAACAGUCUGCCGGACAACAACAGCAGAGGGUCCAAACCCCAACUGGAAUGAGGAACUUGAGCUUCCAUUUAGAGCACCUAAUGGUGACUACAGCACCCACAGUUUGCAGUCAGUGAAGGAUGAAGUCUUCAUUAAUGUUUUUGAUGAAGUACUUCAUGAUGCUGUAGAGGAUGAUCCUGAAAGAGGAAGUGGAAUCCGCACUCGUAUUGAGAGACACUGGCUGGGUUGUGUUAAGAUUCCAUUUACCACCAUAUAUUUUCAAGCAAGGGUUGAUGGUACAUUUAAGGUGGAUGUUCCUCCAGUCCUCCUUGGCUACAGCAAAGAAAAGAACCUGGGAAUCGAGAGAGGUUAUGAUUCUGUGCAAAAUCUGAGUGAGGGCUCGUAUAUAACACUGUUUAUUACCAUUGAACCACAGCUUAUUCCUGGAGAGUCAGUCAGAGAGAAGAUGAACGAAAUGCUUAAGAAGUUUGAUACCCAAGAAGAGGAGAAAUUGCUCCAGGCAGCAGCAAAGUAUGAAGCUGAAUGUACAUCAAAGUUUCCAAGCCGCAAAUGCCUAACAACUGUAAUUGACCUCAAUGGGAAAACGGUUUUUAUUACCAGAUAUAUCAAACCUCUGAAUCCACCACAGGAGCUUCUUGAUGCCAUCCCAAAUAGUUCUCAAACAGCAGCAGAAUUGGUGGGUCGAUAUGUUGCUUUGAUUCCUUUUCUGCCAGAUAGUGUGUCAUUUGCUGGAAUUUGUGAUUUAUGGAGUACAUCCGAUCAAUUUCUUUAUCUUCUGGCGGGAGAUGAGGAAGAACAUGCUGUGCUCUUGUGUAAUUAUUUUCUUGGUAUGGGGAAAAAAGCCUGGCUUAUCAUUGGAAAUGCUAUUCCUGAGGGACCAACUGCAUAUGUAUUAACUUUGGAACAAAGUCAAUAUGCAAUUUGGAAUCCCAGUACUGGAUGUUUUUAUGGGCAGUAUGAUACCUUCUGCCCCUUACAAAAUGUGUACUGUCUGAUCGGCUGUGAUAAUAUUUGGUUUAAUAUGCAAGAAUAUGAUUCCCCAAUAAGGAUAAAUUUUGAUAUCAGCAAACCAAAACUUUGGAAGUCUUUCUUUUCAAGAAGGUUGCCAUACCCUGGUCUCCACAGCAUUCAGCCCGAAGAAUUAGUUUAUCAGCAUGCAGACAAGGCUGCUGCAGUGGAACUACAGGGCAGGAUUGAAAAAAUAUUAAAAGAGAAGAUUAUGGAAUGGAGACCACGGCACCUAACUCGUUGGAACAGAUACUGUACCUCUACCCUGCGUAACUUUUUGCCACUGCUAGAACAAAACCAAGGCAAAGACAUAGAAGAUGACCAUCAGGCAGAGCUGCAAAAACAGCUAGGAGAUUACAGGGUCUCUGGAUUUCCUAUUCACAUGCCAUUUUCUGAAGUCAGACCUUUAAUAGAAGCUGUACACAGCAUGGGAGUUCAUACCAUUGAUGUUUCCAAUGUUGAAUUUGCUCUAGCUGUGUAUAUUCAUGCUUAUCCCCAAAAUGUUCUCUCUGUAUGGAUUUAUGUUGCUUCACUUGUUCGAAAUAGGUAGUAUAGACCAGUCAGAAUACCUCAAGAAAUUUGCUUAUGUAGGGGUAAAAAUAACAGAUUUCUCACACUGCUGAUUUGAGCUAUCCCAAGUAUUUUAAAAAUCAAAUGAGAGCCUGAUUGUUAGUAGCUACAAACACAUGAGCUUUAUUCACCCUACAACCACUGAAGAUGCUACUUAUUACUGCUAAGGAAGAGACUGACAGCUUAAAACUCCAGUACUGAUAGGUGAUUUUUAUACAGUAUUUUACAGCUCCCAGUGGGACAUGACACUCUUAAAAGCAUAACACAUGCCCACAUAUAGUGACACUUCAGAGUAAAAUGGUAGUUUAAGCCACCUCCUUUUCAGGUGAAACUUAGUCUUCAAGGCAUGAUUCUAGGAACCAUGUUUUUAGCUAGUCAGUUUAUUUUAUCUACAGACCUCUUCAAAGACAGUGGCAAAUACAAAUAGUUAAGAGUUUUCCAGUACCCGAGUUCCUGAAUGAAGAUCAGGAUUGUUUACUCAUGAAUAAAUUUCAUGCACCAAAGAGCCAGUGAAGGCCAUACUUCAAUUUUUAAGAGGCUGCAUCAUCUGCUACUUCAUACUUAGUGUCUGUAUAAUGCCAGCACCAUUUAGAGGUAUAAGACAACAUUUUCUUUAGAAGUUAAAGUAUUUAGUAAAUAUUUAUACCAAAACAUAAGUGGAAGAUCAUUCGUUUUAUACAAGAAUUUGAUUAAAUUACUUUGGAGUAUGAAAUCCUUAUCUGCAAGUUACCCUAGUAGAAGAUUAUCAAAGAAUAGUUAACAAAAAUCAGGUUCGCUUAUUAGUAUGUUAAGUAGUGGCGUUAACUGUUAAUACUGAUACAAAUAUAUAUCCUUCUCCUGCAGUUGCCUUGCUAAUCAAACUGUUCCAAGUGAAAAUGAUGGUGGGUUGAGCUUAGGAAAAAUGUUCAUCAGAACAUAUCAAAGUUAAGACUGUUCUUGAGCUUAACCCCAAACUAGAUUCAGUUUACCUAAUAAAUACUAGACACAAAAUCUUUGGUUUAGAGCCUGGGGUUGCUGCCACAGGUUCCCCUCCAUAAACCUCCAGCAGAAAGGAGUAGCUACACUGUCAUCACAUGAUGCUUUGCUGAACAACAUUGAUGACAUCUCCCAAGUUUAGUCCAACUCCCCUUCAGAGAAGGCUGAAGAAGAAACAUGGUGUAAGUGAACAGAAUCUUCUGCAGCUGAUGCAGGCCUCAGCUGUGUCUCUACCAAUCUCCACAGAAAAGACCACCUAGCAGCAAGGAGGAGGACCUCUAGCUGCACCUUUCCAGCCUCAGAAACAAGAGUUCCACAACGAGGACAGAUGCAAGAAAGCCCACCAUGUACCUUGUUACUAUUCUCAUCUUACCUCAGUCAGCAUUGCACAAAUGGCCAUAUAUCCACUCUAACCCUUGGGCACCAAAGUAAAUUUAAUGUAGCUGACUUGAAGCAACAGCUGCUGGAAUAAUGGUAGCCUUUUAUACCUCUUCUGUAGGCUUCUAACUGAGCACUGUAUGUUCUGCUUCUAGCCCAUGUUCAGCUGUUAACCAUGAACAGCCAACACUGCAGCAACUCUACAUUCACUAGUAUUUUUCUUACCUUACUACUCUUCAGUAUUAGUGGGAGCAAGAUGGUAUCAAAACUUGCAGUUUAUUGUAAUCUCCAGGUACACCUGCAAACUGACCUCCCAGACACCAAGAAUCCUGAAAGCUACAUAUGUCACCAUGACUGCUGUCCUAAAUAAAUACUACUCAAAAGAAUUUAUCCAAUUAGUAAAACAGGUAAAAAUUACUGACAUAUUGUCAGCCUUCAAAAUUAGGCAGGAUGGGGGAAAAAAAAACCUGUCUGCCUUCUACAAAGGCUGCCACCUACCCCUCCUCUGCCCAAGAGAAAAACCACCUGCAACUAUGCCACUUAGGAGCAGGUGGCCAUUAAAGUUUGCAACUUAACAUGGGCUACAAUACUUACUUCUCUUGCAAUGGGCUCUUCCCCAUACUGCCCACACACACACUUGUGCAGUACUCAUACAUUACUCAUCUCUCUUCCUAGCACAGGUUUCACUCAGCCCAACAAUGGAUUCUCUGCCUACCUGCUAGUCUCUACUGUUUGAUGAGGGCUCUUUUUAAAAAUCAAAGCAACAGGGAAAACGUACUGUUGUCUUCCACACAUUUCACAUUAAUGAAAACAGACUUCCUUGGAAGCCAUUUCAAAAAUGCAUCUUAACACAGUCAUGGGAAGGAAAAAAAAAAAAACAAACCCCAAACAAAACAAAACACCC